UGGCCUGCGGGUCCUCUUUCUGUCAUCCCCAGCCAGACUUAGCCGCUGACAGCUGCUUGGGCCUCUGCCGCCAGGCCCUGGCCAGGCCCACAGCCUCUCCUUUCUCUGUGACUCCUGAGCCACAGCGUCUCCAUGGCCCAGAAAGAAGAGGCCGCUGCCGCCGCCGCCGCCACCACCACCGCCGCCCCGGAGCCAGCCUCCCAAAAUGGGGAGGACCUGGAGGAUCUUGCUGAACACCCCGAGAAGCUGAAGGAACUCAUUGACCUGCCACCCUUCGAGAUCAUCAGCGGGGAGCGGCUACCUGUCAACUUCUUUAAGUUUCAGUUCCGGAAUGUGGAGUACAGCUCCGGGCGGAACAAGACCUUCCUCUGCUAUGUGGUGGAGGCCCAGGGCAAGGGAGGCCAAGUGCAGGCGUCUCGAGGCUACCUGGAAGAUGAGCACGCGGGUGCCCAUGCCGAGGAGGCCUUCUUCAACACCAUCCUGCCGACCUUCGACCCCGCCUCGCGCUACAAUGUCACCUGGUACGUGUCCUCCAGCCCCUGUGUGGCUUGUGCUGACCGCAUCAUCAAAACCCUGGGCGGCACCAAGAACCUGCGCCUGCUCAUCCUGGUGGGCCGACUCUUCAUGUGGGAGGAGCCAGAGAUCCAGGCUGCUCUGAAGAAGCUCAAGGAGGCGGGCUGCAAGCUGCGAAUCAUGAAACCCCAGGACUUCGAGUACGUCUGGCAGAAUUUCGUGGAGCAAGAAGAGGGGCAAUCGAAGGCCUUUGAGCCCUGGGAGGACAUUCAGGAGAACUUCCUAUACUAUGAGGAGAAGCUGGCGGACAUCCUGAAGUAGGCAUCCGGCUCCAGGCUUAUGUCUGCCUGCUGUCCCCAAGAGAAGCAGUGAUCUGUAUGUCAUUUAAGACAUGCCUGUCUUCCUACCACUACUUGGAGCUGCACAACAUAUUGAAACCAACCAAUCCUCCUGUACAAGGGGGGACUCAAAACACACUUCUCAUUGCUGUAAUUCAUUUAGGCUAUGCCUAUGUCUCCCUACCAUAGCCCUUGGCAAAGAGGAAAGUGAUCUACAAGGAGAGGAAAGCAACCACAUAUGAAUAGCAGCAUCUGGGGCAAAAGGUUUUAAGGACACCUCAAUGGGGCUACUUAAGGCAAAGGUCCUCAGACCCGAGGUACAGAUCUUUGAAAUAUGUCCAGAAAUGCAUUCAAUGUGAGCUGUUUUUUUUUUUUCAAGAAAAAAAAAAAACAGCAUUAUUUACAGUAAUAAUAAAAAAAAAAAGUA